AUGGUUAGCGGAACUCUGUGCGGUAUAAAUGUUCACCAUCCUGUCUUUGAUGCAACCCUGCUGAGGCGCAUAAAGAUUAAACAAGCUAUUGGUGAGGAGAGAAAUAAGAGAGAUAAAAACCUGAAUUUGAUAAAAGAAUCACUUUUGGCUUCUGAUCUAACUGUUACAAAAAGAUGUUGUAUUCUGUCUAUGGACAUUGAUGAAUUACAACAAGCUUUGCAAACUCGAAAAUUAAAAGCCUUAGAAGUUCUCCAAGCCUUCCAAUCAAAAGCUCUUGAAACUCAUGAAAGGGUGAACUGCAUUGUACAACCAAUCUUGGAAGCCGAGGAAUUAGCCAAGGCAUGUGAUUCCUCAGAAAAAAUAUUAGGACCUUUGCAUGGAAUUCCUAUCAGUUUAAAGGAAAACAUACCCAUUAAGGGUCAUCGUGUUACCUGUGGUGUUGCUAAAUGUCUUUUAAAUGAAGUCAUUGAAGAAGAUUCACUUCUGGUCAAAAUGCUCAAAAAUCUUGGUGCUGUACCAUUUGUGAGGACCAAUGUUCCUCAAACUCUUUUAAGUGUUGCCUGUGAUAACAACAUCUAUGGAGCAACUGGUAAUCCAUAUGAUCCUAAGCGGUCAUCUGGUGGUUCAAGUGGAGGAGAAGCAGCAUUGAUUGGUAGCAAUGGUUCAAUACUUGGCAUUGGUUCAGAUGUUGGUGGCAGUAUAAGAAUACCCAGUCACUACUGCGGAACAUAUGGCCUAAAGGCAACCUCAAACCGUUUGACGUCUUCUAGUACUUGCAGUUUGUUUAAUGGACAAUCAUUGGUGCCUACUGCUAUUGGUCCCAUGGGUCCAAGCACAAAAUCUUUGAUUGUGCUAAUGAAAGCUCUUUUAAGUCCUAGAGUUAUCCAAAUGGACAGUUUUAUUCCUUCAAUACCAUUUCAGACUCAGUUAUUGGAAAGCAAAGAAAAAUUACGUAUUGGAUACUAUCUGACAGAUCCACUUGUGACAGCAAGUCCUGCCAGCCAGAGAGCAGUCUUGGUUGUUAAAAAGUUCUUAGAAGCUAAUGGACAUACACUGGUUGAAUUCAAUCCCCCAAGAAUGCAAUUUGCAAUUUACUUGGCUAUGAAAAUAUUGAUGCAAAGUGGAAAGAUAUAUCAUAAUGCAAUCUUACAUGAAAAUGCUGUUGCUCCACUGAAGCCUUUAUUUUACACUGAAGGCAAAAGAAUAUUUCUUUCAUUUUUAAUUUACCUUUAUGAUCCUUUAUACAGUUCAAUGAUGUACAAUAUCAAGGGAGUCAAGUCAUCAAAAGAAUGGUAUAAAAUGGCAAAUGCAAAAAAGGAAUACUGCAGAGAAUUCCAAAAUGCUUGGCAAUCUCAGCAACUUGAUGCAAUUAUUUGUCCAUCUAUGGCAUCAGCUUCUGCUGUCAAAGACCAGAUGUUUUUCACAGGUGUUCCAUCUUAUACAUUAUUUUAUAACUUAUUGGAUUAUCCUGCUGGAGUGCUUCCAGUUACAAAAGUCACCAAAGCUGACUCCAAAGAGCAUGCAAACUACAAACCCAAACAUUUGUUAGAGAAAUUUAUAAAAAAUUUGAUGAAUGGUGCCACUGGCCUACCAAUUGGGAUCCAGUGUGUAGCUCCUCCAUACAAGGAAGAACUGGUCUUGCGUCUCAUGAUAGAAAUCGAAGAGGGACUUAAAAAAGAACAUACAGAUUAA